GUUCCAUGUCAUUGGCAUAUGUUGACGAAGGGGAGGUAACAACGAGGAGGUAACGAGGUCGUUUUUGACAUGUUUUCCAUUAAAAAAUUUCAUUGUUGAUGUCGUGGAAUUGAUCAUAACAGAAGUGGAUGUGCUUACAUACAUCAUUGACACUUAAAUAAAAGUUCCAGGAUGCUAACGGACUGUAAAUUUAUGUAAUGGGGUCCAGAAUAAGGGAGAAUGUUAAGCACUUUUUUGAAUGUUUCUGUGAACUUGUACCCCCUUGCCAAGAUAAAGAACCAUGGAUAAUACAACAAUUUCCUGACAAAUACAAAGAUGAGGAAGUGCUUAAAUCUGUACCAAAAUUUGCCUAUCCUUGUAAGCUAGAGAAUGAUGUAAUAGAACAUUAUUCUUUUGUCCUUACGGACUUGGAGUCAAAGUGGACCUUUGGAUUCUGUAGGCAUGACCCAAAAGCUGAAACAGCAAUAGUAGUAUUAAGCUAUCUACCAUGGCAUCAAGCAUUUUACAAAUUUUUAGAUACAACAGCAGUAUUAAUGCACAGUUCACGGACUGAAGACCUUAGAGAAUUCCUAACUGCAGUAUACAAUGCAAAAUUGGGCGAGCCCGGCAAAAAAUUCACAGUAUCUUUCAACAGGGGAGAAAGUAUAUUUUCAAUAGAUAUACCACGACCCUUUCAAUUACCUAGUAUCCCAGAGAAUAGAAAUUUAACGGAAUACUUCAACGCUGUCGAUGCGCAGAAUAUGAUGAUAAUCUUCGCGUCGAUGCUGUACGAACGUCGCAUCAUAUUCGUGUCAAAGAAACUUCAACGAUUGAGUGCAUGCGCUCAAUCGGCCAACGACAUCAUCUACCCGAUGAUAUGGCAACACAUUUUCAUUCCGGUGUUGCCGAUGUCGCUCAUCGAUUACUUGUUAGCGCCUAUUCCGUUCCUUAUUGGUGUACCUGAGGAGGUUUUCAAGCAAGUACAUAGAAUUGAAAUAGGAGAUGUUGUCAUAUUAGAUGCAGAUACAAAUACGAUUGAUACUCCUUUUGAUGAUCUUAAUAAUCUUCCUCAAGAAGUGAUUACAUCCCUCAAAAAGCAACUUCGUAAUAAGUCUUUAGGUGAUGGUGUUUCCAGAGCUUUUUUACGUGCUUUAGUUCAACUAAUAGGUGGUUAUAGAGAUGCUCUCAGGUUUGAACCGGGCCAAAAAGUGACGUUUGACAAAGAGAAAUUCAUAGAAACGAGACCUGUGUCGCUUCAACCCUUUUUGAGGCAAAUGUUACAGUUACAGAUAUUCCAACAGUUUAUAGAAGAGCGUCUAAUGAUGUUGAAUACAGGCCAAGGAUUUUCUGAUGAAUUUGAAUACGAAUUAGAAAGAUACUCGGCAAAAUCAGGAUCGAAGUUGAAACAACAGUAUCGUGAGUGGACAUCUACUAUGAGAAAAGAAGGAACCGCGUUUUUCAAAAGUGUAAAAGAUAAGGCUAAUCCUGCGAUGAAAAAUGCUGUAAAAACAGUUAAAGAUGGCGGAAAAGGCAUGAAAAGUGCCUAUAAAGGCCUCAGGUCGAAACUUAAAGACAACCCGCCGCCUCAGAAUGGAACGGCUGCAAGUAGUCAUAGAUCAGCGCCAAAUUCACCCACUGGAAAACGAAGAUCAGUGGGCGCUAGUUUCGCAGCCCCUGUUGUAACAUAUAGGAAAGACGCAGCUUUGGCUCUAAGAAAUACGGCGAUGCAAAGGUCGUACAGUCCGUUGAGUCCGUCUUCGCAGCCUAUUACUCCAGACGUCCUGGAUACACCUAGAAGUAGCAGUCCCCCAAUAGAUAUUCCCAGGAUAGAUUUAAUGAACGAAAUGGUCGAUUUGUUACACUUUAAUCUGGAGACACCACCUGUUGAUCGAUCGUUGAAACCGGUGCGUAGCCUAGAAAACUUCAAAACGGCAGGCGUUGGUGCUUCGCCGCUCCACUCUCCCGGACGGCCGAUGUUCUUCCCUGCCUCGCUAGGUGGCAGUAGUAGCAGGGCUGACACUCAAACCCUCCUUCAGUCGCCACCAGAGGGCGCGUUCGGCAUAGGUAGCGAUACCGUCUCGUCACCGCCCACUGUACCGCCCAGACUCUCGGCGCCGCCUUAUCUACCUGUCAGUAGGCAUCAACAGGAACUGUUGUCAGCAAACCCGUCUUUCGUUGUGGGUGGAGGACACGAAAAUGGCGAUCCUGUUUUUUACGUGGCGGGGGGUGGCAGAGGAGGGGCAGUGGACGUCGUUAAGUUGACACCCCCUGUCUGUUCACCGAGGAGAAAGCAAAACGAAGAUACGGAAGAUUUGAUCCGCCUAGACUCCACAUCGUCGGACAUAGACGACUUCGAUCCCCUGAAGUCGAAGUCUUCCCCAGACAGUACUUCUAGCAGCAACAGCACCGGUCACGUGCCUUUGAGUAUCACGAACCCCCUCUAUACCUACGAGAAUCACUCCGUCAAGCAAAAUGGCGGUACGAGCAGUACCGCCUUCCAGCGGAACGACCAGGACCUGUUGCAUGAGUAUGGCCUAGACUUCGGCUUUUCUAAUACGAAUAACCAAUCAGCGUUCGAUAUGUUCACCGGAAGCACGACCAAAGUCAAUUCUCAAGGUCAAUGGACGAAGUUCGACUGAUUGAGUGAGAAUGGUAUUGCGUUGCUAAGUAUGUGCUAGAUGUGUUAUUUGGAAUUGAUGUCAUAGGAAAUGAAACUGCUAAGGUGAGCUGGUAUGUCUUUAAAAAGAAAAAAAAAUAGGAAAUUUGAUGGAAAAAGUAUCGUUGUCUUUUUCUGCAGUACCGAAUUGUUGACUUCCAGGUGGACUUCUAAAAAGGUAGGCUCUAAACACGUGUUGCUUCUUGGCCAAUUCUUUGUUAAUUCAUAAUACGAGAAAUAACCCAAAUUAUUUAAAAAAAAUGCCGACCAGGCAUUUUUGCUGCAUUGAACGAAGUAGCGAGAUUAAAAGACCUCUAUUUUUAUUUGAGAUUAUUUAAUCUCUAGUUAUUGUAUUGUAAGUCAUGAAUAUACAAAAGCUUUUCAAAUAGUGGAAAGUAUAUCCUUCGUUUUUACCGAAAUUUUUUGUGUGAAAUUAUAUUGAUAGCAAAAUUGAAAAUUUUCCUUGAAACGUGAAAUGAAUAAAUAAGUAAUAUGCUUUCCGGUAAGGGUAGUAUAAACUACAUUUGAUAUUUGGCAACUAAAAAUUUUGUUCGGCACAUGACUCGUUGAUAAAUGUGUAUAAUGAUAAUUUCUGAUUAUUUGUUAAAACUGAUGCGUAUUUACGCGCAACUGAAGAUUGGUAUCAGGAAAACUGUCAAAAAUUAUUAAAAUUCUGAUUUUGAAAUAGAAUGUAUCUACAAUCAACCUUUGUGUAAUUGCUGUCCACUCAUAUACGGAUAUCGAAGGGAUCAGGGAUUAACAAGCCAUCAUAAAUGUCAAAAUAAUUGCUCACACACGAUUUCCAUGCUCGUAUAUGGCACACAAGUACAUAGUUGCAUAGAUCGAUACUGUAUAUAUGUAGUCUUUUUCACGAGUAUCCAUUAAGGUAGAAUAACAGCUGAUAUCUAGUAAUAUUUCAAAAUUCCCCAUAUCAGCAAAGGACACAAUUCUGACGGAUCCGUCAAUGCCAGGUACACAGAGCCAUAUUUUGUUUUGUUUUUUUGUACGCUACAGAAGACUACAAACAAGUUUUACUAGAUUUACACUCGAUUCAUUAUUGCCGACGUUGCAGGCUAACACGAAACUGUCACUUGCUGAUCAGCUGUUCACCUCAGUGGACGUCAAAGCGUGAUGGAUACUCGAGAAAUCGGUUAUAGGGUGUCCCUUUUCAAUUUCUCCACCUAAAUAUUUCGAUAACUACGCAUCCUAGUCCUAGAAAAAAGUUUCAAACAAAAGUUGUAGGGUUUAGAGACGACAAAAUAAUAGUGACCUUAACAAUGACCUUCACCACCUUCAAGGUCAUAUCCAUGUUAAGCGAGUGUUUUCAAACGGAACCCGCAUUUUUACACCGGAAUUGGAAACAGGUGGAAAUUCUGCAACCAAAUAUGAUCUUGACCACAACCAUACGAGUAUAACCUUCAAUGCCAUUUCAAGGUCAAGUCAAAAUUUUCAAAGAAAAUCCCUCAUUUUUAUUCUGGAAUAGGAAAAAGCAAAACAUGUUACGCUCGAACGUGAAUUUGACCUCGAAGUCAAUAUCACGUCAAUCUUAAAUAUUGUUUGUAAGACAACAACUUGACUUUUAUGCCAAAUUUGUAGAGAGCAAGAAAUUCUAUAUUUGGACGUUUAAAAUUUUGACAUGACCUUGAAGAUGAUCAACGUCUUCUUUGGAUGACCUCCACAAAGUUCACACCUGUACUGUUGAACAAAAGGGCCUUGAUGGUUGUAAAAUGUUCUCCUCUAUCCAAAUCCGGUAUAAAAAGGGGGAUUAACAAUUCAAAAUAUUCGCGUGAUCUUUAAGGACGAGGUCAAGGUCAUAUCACUGUCCCCCUCGAAACCCUACAACUUUUUUCUAUGAUCCGUAUGUAUCACUAUGACACGCGUGCGAAUGGUGAUUUUGACAUUCAUACAAUGGAUCGUCAGUCUCCGAUUUCUUCGAUAAUUAAAGUAUGAGACACGGUAUAUUUUAUUAUAGCUAUAGGGUUGAAAUUCAAACAGUAAUUUUAACAAGAACAUUAUUUAAGACAUUUAAAACUAAGAUUAGUACAAUGGUAAUUGAAUUUUGAUAGACUGCUGUAACCCAGUGCCACUCUAACCCAAACAGGUAUAGUAUUUCUAUUCCUAAUUGAAACAGCAGAAAACCCAAGUUGGCACAGGAGUGGGUCAAGAUUUCAGUAUUUUUUAGUUAGCACCCCACUGAUAACAUAGAGAGAUAGGAGGGUCACUAUUUAUAAUUUGAGCCUAAUAAUGAAAAAAAAAUUAAAUUGUCAUUGAAAAUCACUUUACUGUUUAUCAAAAUAUUCUCCAUUAUGAUCUAUAUACUUUUUUAUGAGUUCGAACACAUUUUCCACUCCGCUUGAUAUACAGCAGACGCUCGAUAAUGUAAACUAAUUUAAUCCAAGUGUGGUUCACAUUCUCGAAAUGUUUACAUUAGCGAACGUGAUUUAUAUAAUAUUUGAUUUAUUAAAAGAAACGUACAAAUAUUCUAACAGCGAUAAGUAUUUUUUUAAUUAGAAGAAAAAUAAUUAACAAUUUUUGUCUGCGUAAAUUUGCGCUUAGCAUUGUCUUCCAAUGCCUGCGCCCGUAAUUUACGAAGAACUAAAAUAUCCGUGUAUGCAACUUCUUUUCUUUCAGCCCUAUCUAAAGCUUGGUUAAAAACUUGUAUAGCUUGCGCGUCAGUCACUACACUUCUGACUUCAAUAGGAUCGUUCUCAUCAUCCUCACUGUCCAUAUCCUCCUCCUUAUCAGCAUCAUUCGUCUGCUUAUCUUCGUUCCAUAAAUUAAUAUCAGCAGGAGUACAAACAAUGUUGGGAUUCACUGUUUUCAAUAAAUCAACAACAUCCAAUGACACACUAAUAACAUUAUCAUUAUUGGAUCGCAAACGUUCUCUAAUUACGCUUAAGGGGACAUCGUCUUCUUCAUCAUCUUCAUUAUUGGUACAAAAGAGAUUGUUCCAACAUUUUUGAAUAGUUCGCUGGUUAAGUUCAUUCCAGGCCAUAUGUAAAUCUAAAACAGCUUCUCGUAAUGUUACUUUUUUUAAAGUCUCAUAAGUUUUCAGGAUUCUUUGAUAAGACAGACGAAAGUAGAAACUUCAUAUAGUAUAGUUUGGUGAGUCUUAUUAUAUUCUGGUCCAUCGGUUGAAUUAACGGUGUUACGUUGGGCGGCAUGUACAUGACGAAAAUUGACCCAUCCCUGCUCCUCAGUUGUUGCUCGGGAGGAUGACUUGGUGCAUUAUCCAAUAGUAACAACGCUUUUAUUGGAAGCUUCUGUUGUUUUAGGAAACCUUUUACCUACAAAUUGAAAACACAUCUUCAAAUUAUGAAUAGAUAAUUUGUGAUAUUGAUUGUCAUACCUGAGGGACAAAGCACCUGUGGAACCAUUUCAGGAAUAUACAUCCAAGCGGUUUUUGAACAGUCAUAAUCAACAGGGAUAUUAACAUUUUUAAAUAAGCGCGAAUUUUUUGCUUUCCCAAUUACCAGUGACUUUAUUUUGUGUGAACCAUUAGCAUUAGUGCAGGCUAGAAACGUUAUUCGUUGUUUCUCCGGCUGUCUUCCCGGGGCAGAUUUUUCAAAUGAUGCAGCAUAGGUUUUCUCUGGUAACAUAUUCCAAUAAAGGCCACUUUCGUCUGCGUUGUAAAUUUGUUCCAUUCUUAAAUCUAGCUCGGUAAUUUUUUUCAUCAAUUUUUCUUUGAAUCGUUGCACUAAUUGUGCUUGUGCUAAUCAUUUUUCACCAGAUAUAGACAGCAGUCGAAUUCCAUAUCUUGUUUUGAAUCGUUGUAGCCAGCCAUCACUAGCUACGAAAUUUUCAGUUUCUUUCAGUUUUUCAUUUAACAGUCUCGCUCUCUGUUUAAGUACUUCGCCACUAACUGGGACAUGAUUUUCCCGUUGUUUUAAAAACCACUUAUACAGGGAAUUUUCCAUUUUAGGUGCCUUCGCAUUUUUUUAAGUUUUUCUUUUUCCCGGAUGUAUUGCACGUUCUUUGUAAAAUUUGAGUUUUCAUACGCUUAAUUUUAUAGAUUGUUGCUUUCGAUACUCCAUAUUUUUUGCUAACUGUGUCACUCCCGCACCUAGUGCAACUUCGUCUAUGAUUUUCACUUUCUCACUCAACUUUAAACACUUUCUUUUAUAGGAUGUGGAUGCCAUAGUCGUAAAAUAUAUUAACGCGUGCAAUGUAUUCACUUAAGUUCAAAAAUGAAAUACAUACUACGUAUAAACGUAUCCUAAACGAUCAUACGACUGACCGAGUUUGUCGUAUUUUAUCGCAGAGGAGAAUCCCCUAGACUCUACAUCAUAAAUCCUGACGCCCGACAGUCAUCGAGGCUUCAGCAUUUUACCGUCGCGCUGUUUUCGUGCGCCGAGAGUUGUUUACGUUAUCGUUAAUCCUAUAAAACGAAGUUUGUAUUUACAUUAGCGCAAGUUUUCAUUAUUCCGUGUUUACGUUAUCGAGCGUCUGCUGAAUUUCCAAAACAUACUUUAUGAGCUCAUCAUCAGCUUUUUCUGUGGACGAAAAUCGUUAUUCUUAACGUACUGGAACAAAAAUAAGUCAUUGGGUGCCAAGUCGGGACUGUAUGGAGGAUGACCCAUUAAAUCAAUAUUCUGAGUGCUCAAAUAGUCCAUUGUUUCACGAGAGACGUGAGAGCUCGCUUUGUCUUGAUGAAGAAUGAUCCGUCGCCGCUUGUUGGUUUUCCUUGUCACCGAAGACGUAAACAAACAGUUGUGUACCAUUCAGAAUUAACUAUUUUACGUUCCUCUAAAGGUACUGGUAAAACGGUCAACCAUUUGUCUCGAAGUGGUUCGUGCGCUAGGAACCUUUGUCGGGUUUGGCUUGUCUUGAAACUCCCAUACAAUCGACUGCUGUUUCCUUUCCGGCUCAUAAGCAUAGAUCCAUGAUUCAUCACCUGUUUGUUAUACACGUCUUUCGAAGCACCGCCGUUGUAUUUUUCGAGCAUCUGUUUGCACCAAUCGACACGAGCCUCUUUUUGAGCUGUUGUCAAAUUAUGUGGAAUCCAACGCGAACAGACCUUUUUCACAACUAAAUGAUCAUGUAAUAUUUUAUGUAUGCUAGUGGAACUAAUGCCUAAGGCUGCCUCAAUCUCACAAUAUGUCACAUGACCAUCUUGCAUUAUUAGUUUUUGUACAGCAUCAAUGUUUUCUGGCACAACAAUUGAUUUUGGACGUCCUUCACGACUUUCGACACCAAGAGAGUGGUGGUCACGAUUAAAUUCGUUACACCAUCGUUUCACGGUGGCACAGGAUGAGGCUUCAUCACCAAAAGUCGAAGUAAGUUGAUCGAUACAUUCCUGCCAUAUUAAUCCACGUCGCAAGUCGUAAUAGAUCAUCGCACGAAAAUUUUCACGAGUCAACGCCAUUUUUUCGCUGCAUAACAUAAAUUGUGCUGAAAUGACAAAACGUUCUGAAAAAGCUUAUGUUUGAAAAUGUCAAACUUGCAAUUGCAAGCGUAGUAAGUCAUCAAAACGUUUGUUUUCACCAUUUCCGUGAUUGUUACAGCUACGGUUAUCGAUAUAAUCUGGCAAGCGAACUCUAAACAUAGAUGGUACUAGUUAGGUUGGCGAUCAUGUCUAAGGUUAUGAACAAAGAUGUCAUUUAUUGCUGUUCAGCUGUCCACGAAAAAGUAGACAUUGCUGCCAUUGCUCCACUCUAGCGUUUUUUAUUUAUCAAACCUAACAGGUAUGGUUCAGCGGUUUUUAUGGUUGGUCAUAUCAUCUAUUAAUAAGGGCUUGGUUUUUUAUGUUUCAAUUAGGAUUAAAAAUACCACAGUAUAAUUUGUCCUUAUAAGAUGGAGGUUCAUGAUCAAGCAGUUCUGUAGUGACUUAAUGGGAUUUCAGGAUAGAAUUUUUGUGAUUCAAAUUCUACUCUACUUCUAAGUAUUGGGUAGGCUCUACCAGAAAAUCCCGAAGUUACUUCUUGUUGCAAUCCUGGUUUGUUAGGUCUUUAUAUUAUUUUAUUUUUACACAUUUAUUAGAAAUGAUGUGGACCUGUAACCUUAUAUUAGUGAGUGAGGAUUUAUAAAGGCCUAUACGAGAGUGAUAAGUGUGUGCAAAUAUUAGUAGGUUUUUUAUACAUAAUGUUUAUUUAUACAUUUUUAAUGUUGUUGCUUUGUGAAAUACUCUUCCCUAAAUAAAUAUGCAUUUCACAUCUAUUAUUUUAUACAUAUAGUCAUUAUAUUGAUCGAAAUCUUGCACAAACAGAAGUAUAAUUACACAUUAAAAAGCAUAUCAUUCAAAAUAUGGAUAAAUCAAAAAAGACACUAUAUGCGA